UAAAAUGGUAAACCCUAUUAAAAACCCUCGCAAGGAUUCAACUCAUGUAAAGUGCAGUUAUACUUGAAACCAAAUAUCGGGCCAAAAAAUGAUGCGGAAAUUAAGCCGAGUGAACCUGAGAAGACUAUGUACCAUGGCGGCGGAGCAGAGUGGAAGAGACUCGAGGCUCUACCGGAGAUUAUCAGCUUUAGGAGCCACAAAAGGGUCAGUUACUGAAACAAUAAAUGAGUACAUGAGAGAAGGCAGAGUUGUCAAGAAGUAUGAACUUGAAAAAUGCGUCAAGGAGCUCCGUAAAUAUAAAAGAUACCAACAUGCCCUUGAGAUAAUGGAGUGGAUGGAGAAAAGAGGUAUAAACUUGUCGUUUGGUGACUAUGGAGUACGAUUGGAUCUCAUAGCAAAAGUUCAAGGAAUAGCUGCAGCUGAAAAAUACUUUGGUAGCCUAUCACCAUCCAUGCAGAAUCAAAGCACUUAUGGAGCACUCUUGAAUUGCUACUGUGUUGAAAAAAUGACAGACAAGGCGUUUUCCCUCUUUGAGAAAAUGGAUCAAUUGAAUUUCACAUCUAAAUCAUUGGGCUUUAACAAUCUUAUGUCGUUAUAUAUGAGACUAGGGCAACCAGAAAAAGUGCCCCCCUUGGUACAGGAAAUGAAGAACAGAAAGGUUCCACUAUGCACGUUUUCGUAUAAUAUCUUGAUGAAUAGCUAUUCUUGUUUAGAUGAUAUAGAAGGAGUUGAAAGAGUCUUCGAGGAGAUAAAGCAGGAGAAUGCUAAGGAGUGCGAUUGGACCACAUAUAGUAACUUGGCUGUUGCCUAUGUUAAGGCUGGGCUUCACGAAAAAGCUGUGUUAGCUCUAAAGAAGCUUGAGGAAGAGAUGGAUCCUCGUAAUCGUGAGGCUUACCACUAUUUGAUUAGUUUGCAUGCCAGAAUAUCUAAUUUAGGCGAGGUUUAUCGUAUUUGGGAUUCUCUAAAGCGUUUCUUGGAGAAAACCAAUUCUACUUAUCUUGUCAUGCUUCAGUCCCUUGGUAAGCUUAAUGACAUAAAUGGUUUAGAGAAAUGCUAUGAGGAAUGGGAAUCAAACUGCUCUACUUAUGAUAUGAGGCUGGCAAAUAAUGUCAUUGGUGCUUAUCUGAGGCAUGACAUGUUAAACGACGCAGAGAAAGUCUUUCAUUGUGCUUUGAAAAGAUCAGACGGACCUUUCUUCUUGGCUUGGGAAAUGUUCAUGCUUUUCUAUUUGAGGAAGCGUCAAAUUGAUCAUGCUCUGCUGUGCAUGGAAGCAAUUGCCUCUCAGCUAAAGGAAAAUAAAUGGCGACCAAAAAACGAAACCAUAAAUAAGUUUCUCGAGUAUUUUGUAGAAGAGAGAGAUGUUGAUGGUGCUGAGGAGUUCUACAAGUUUCUGAAGAAGGUGAAUUGCCUUAAUAGUGAUGUCUAUAGUUCAUUGCUUCAGACUUACGUAGCUGCCAACAGAACACCAGACGAUAUGAUGCUGAGAAUUAAGGAAGAUGGAAUUGGAAUGAGUUGCGAGCUUGAAGAAUUGCUUAAAAGUGUUUGUCCUGGAUAACUAAAAGGAUCUAACCAUAUGGUUUUGUUUCUUUUCCAUCUUCUUUUUGUGUAGAUAUGUGCUCUCUAUCUUUAAAGAAGUAUAUUAAGGAGUCCAAGACCAUUUGACAAAUAUACUAUGGUAAUUCUUUCAUUCCACUUUUUUCGUAUUCUUUUCUUCUGCUCA